GCUCUCGGCAGGGCAGCGGGAGGGAGCGGAGCGCCGCAGACCCGGGCACGGCACCGAGCGCGGCGCGCAGGAUUACGGCUCUGGAAGCGGGAGGCAGCAGGAGGAUUAGCAGGGAAGGGCAGAGGGAGCAGGAUUUAUCAGCUUCUCAGAUAUGCAUUACGGCCUUUUGUAAUAUUUCACUGGAUUGUACAGGACUUUGCCUGGCUACAACAGGGGCUCCUCAGCCACAAAAGAAAGGUUUCAGCAUCGGCGGCUCGGCGGCUCGGCAGGGCACGAUGACGGCGCCAGCCCUGGAGCCCACGGAGCCCCUGGGGCAGCCAGGCGCCUGAGGCUGGCACCAGUGCCACACCAGGCUGGUCUCUGCUGCAGACAGCUGGGAGGAGCUUUUCACCAGGAGAAGGCACCCAAGGGAUGGGCUGAACAUACGGGAGGAAUGAGUGUCUGGCCAGGCGAAGAUUUGGAGGCCUGUUGGGAAGUGUGAAGGGCCAGUUUCAGUAAGGGCAUGGCCAAAGCUUUCUUCAGGCUGCAGAAGUUUCUCCGUCGGAUCCAGUUUCUGCUCUUCUUCCUCACAGCAGCUUACCUGAUGGCUGGCAGCCUCUUGCUACUGCAGCGGACCCGCUUUGUUCUGCAGCAAGGUCCCCGUGGGACCCCCAGUAACCAGGCCCUGCCGGUGCCCGAGGAGAUGAGCAGGGUUGGGAUGGCAGAGCCCAGGAGCCUGCAGAAGCCCCGGCUGCUGGUGGGCACGGAUGCGCUGCAGGAGCCGGCCCCGGGCCAGCAGCACAGCCCGCACUGGCUCGUGUCCCGCAAUUCGGAGCUCAGGCAGCUGAGGAGAAGGUGGUUCCACAGGUUCAGCAGCGACCAGGAGCCCCUGCAGACAGCAGGCUUUAAAGCAAUGAAGCACACUGCUGAGCACAAAGGCACCUACAUGGGCUGCUUCACUCACGAUUCGAGGGAGAGGACACUGAAGGGAGCUGUCUUUUAUGACUUAAGAAAAAUGACAGUAGGUCACUGUCAGGAAGCUUGUGCUGAGAGAGCUUACAGCUACGCGGGCCUGGCGUUCGGAGCAGAGUGCUACUGUGGGAACACGCUGCCGGCCGCCGCCGCCAAGGCCGAGGAGUGCAGCAGCGAGUGCAAGGGCGAGAAGGGCUCCGUGUGCGGAGGGCUGAACCGGCUCUCGGUCUACAGCGUGGAGCAGCUGCGGGCAGGAGCCAGGCCGCUGCGGAGGAAUGUUAUCUAUCGAGGAUGUUUUAGAGCUCCAGAAAAUUUAACAGACACCUUUUCAGCCUCUUUGAUACAGCCCAAUUUGACGGUGGAGAUGUGCUCUGAAUUUUGCUCCAAGAAAGAGUUCCCGCUGGCAGUGAUCCGAGGGCAGGAAUGCUACUGUGGAUACCCCACCAGGCGCUUCUCGCUGCGCGAGGGCACGGACGGGCGGCGCUGCAGCGGGAGCCACAACGCCAGCAGCGCUGCCGGGGGAGACUACUGCCUGGUCUAUCAGACACCUGUGCAAGACACCCGCUGCACAGACAGGAAAUUCUUAACCACCAAAUCCAAAGUGUUUGUUGCUUUGUCAAGCUUUCCUGGGGCUGGGAAUACAUGGGCACGCCAUCUGAUAGAGCACGCCACAGGAUACUACACAGGAAGUUAUUACUUUGAUGGAGCCCUCUACAACAAAGGUUUUAAAGGAGAAAAAGACCACUGGAGAAGUAGAAGGACCAUCUGUGUGAAAACACAUGAAAGUGGCAAGACAGAGAUUGAAAUGUUCGACUCGGCGAUCCUGUUGAUAAGGAACCCAUACAAAUCACUGAUGGCAGAGUUCAACAGAAAAUACGCCGGGCAUCUGGGCUAUGCCACUGACCGCAACUGGAAGAGCAAAGAGUGGCCGGAUUUCGUGAACAGCUAUGCCUCCUGGUGGGCCUCCCAUGUCCUGGAGUGGCUGAAGUAUGGGAAGCGCCUGCUCGUUGUCCAUUAUGAGGACCUGAAGCAGAGCCUCAUUCCCAAGCUGAAGGAGAUGGUGGAGUUUCUCAAUGUGACAGUGACAGAGGACCGGCUGCUCUGUGUGGAGAACAACAGGGACGGGAAUUUCAAGCGGUCUGGUGCUAAGCAGAAGAAUUUUGAGCCAUUCACCCAGGAAAUGAAAGAUCUUAUCAACAGAUACAUCCUGACAGUGGAUGAAGCCCUAAAGGGAAGAAACUUCUCUGGGCUGCCCAGGGAGUAUGUGCCAAGAUGAUAGGCUGCUAUCACAUUGCUGUGGUUAAAAAUGAAGUUAUUUUUUUUCUUAAAAAAUAAAAUAAAAAAAAUAAAAAAAACAAACAAACAAAAAAAAAAAAAAAAACACAGACGAAUAAGAAAAAAAAAAAGAAAAAAAAAAAAAGAAGACCAGACCUCUUCAGCAGUUAUGGCAAAGAUACUUGUGGAGGCUGCUGAGCUGUGCAGCAGUGCAGCAGUUGGGAAUGCCUGGGUUUUGUCAGCCCCAAAGAGCCCCAAACCUGGCUCCAGGGGCAUGGAGGAGACCCCAGAGGGGUGGCAGAGAAGGGAGUGCCACCUGUGCUAGAGGCUUGACACAGUUUUCUGCACCUCCAUCUCUUCAUCUGGAGAGUCGUGGUGGGUCUGGGGGGACACCAGAGCCAAAUGUCACCAUGGUCAGUGCUCUUGGUUCUAGAAAUGGUCAGCUGGGAAGACCUGGAGAAUAGGGGCAAAGGGGGUGAACCCCAGUCCUUCUGGCCCCAGCAGGGGUAGGAUCACAUCUCCUACGUCAUCCCUGAAAUCCCUGGAGGAACUCCAAGGCAGUCCAACCUGGAAAACCACAGCUACUUAGAGCUGCGCUCUGGAGCCCCCUCCAGCAGCCAUACAGGUUUGAUUUUUAACUCCUGCAGUCACCUUGGGUGUGUUUGACCCUGCAGGAGCCCGUGGGGACAGAACCCUCCCAUGUGCAGUGGGGAGAGAACAGGGGCACCCAGGGCUGGCAGGGCAGCUUGGAGGGGGUUAAUCCCUGUGGCCAAAGGAGCUGCCCUGCUGCAAGAUGCUUCUGUUCACAUGAAGUAAAGGAUUUCUUAAAAAUUUGAGUGAAAAUACUAAUUUUAAUAAAACAAGUUUAUAUAAAGGGA